UACUAUUUAGGAGGUUGCUUUUAUUCUGAAACUGUACCCGGAAGUGUGAAGUGUUGCCACUGGUGGCGGAACAAACAAGGACUUUGAGAUUAGCUGCCUGUCAGACACCGUGGAGGAGACUCACCGUCCCGCUUUCUGCUGGAUCCCCUCCGCUGCACACCACGAUACUUUGUACUGAGCCACAGAGGAGGAUGUCGGCCCCUGUGAAUCCUUUUCAACACAUAGUUGAGCCUCUGGACUCCAACGACCCGACGCAGCAGUUUUUCAAUCUGUCCAAGCUCGGAGAUCCCAGAUAUGACCGGCUCCCCUUCUCCAUCCGGGUCCUCCUGGAGUCGGCCGUCAGGAACUGCGACGAAUUCCUGGUGAAGCGCUCGGAUGUGGAGAGCAUCCUGGACUGGAAGCAGACCCAGACGCAGACCGUGGAGGUGCCGUUCAGGCCGGCGCGUGUCAUCCUCCAAGACUUCACUGGUGUCCCUGCCGUGGUGGAUUUCGCAGCCAUGCGCGAUGCCGUAAUGAAACUUGGCGGCGACCCUGAAAAGAUAAACCCGGUUUGCCCCGUUGACCUCGUCAUUGACCAUUCCAUCCAAGUGGACUUUAACAGGAAGUCUGAUAGCCUGGAGAAAAACCAGGACCUGGAGUUUGAGCGCAACAAAGAAAGAUUUCAGUUUUUAAAGUGGGGCUCUAAAGUCUUCAGGAACAUGCGGAUCAUUCCUCCAGGUUCAGGAAUCGUUCACCAGGUCAACCUGGAGUACUUGGCCCGGGUGGUAUUUAAGUAUGAGGGGUUUUUCUACCCUGACAGUUUGGUGGGAACUGACUCCCACACAACCAUGAUUGACGGCCUGGGCGUCCUGGGCUGGGGCGUGGGCGGCAUUGAAGCGGAGGCUGUCAUGCUGGGUCAGCCGAUAAGCAUGGUGUUGCCUCAGGUGGUGGGAUACCAGCUGUUUGGGACCCCAAACAAGUUCAUCACCUCCACUGAUAUCGUCCUCACCGUCACUAAGCACCUACGUCAAGUGGGCGUCGUAGGGAAGUUUGUGGAGUUCUUUGGCCCCGGUGUGGCUCAGCUGUCCAUCGCCGACCGGGCCACCAUCGCCAACAUGUGUCCAGAGUACGGGGCCACGGCGGCUUUCUUCCCCGUGGACGACGUCAGCAUUCAGUACCUCCAGCAGACCGGGCGAGAACCAGAAAAGCUGGCCUACAUCACGAAUUACCUUAAGGCAGUGGGCAUGUUCAGGGACUACAAUGACACCUCUCAGGAUCCAGAUUUCACUCAGGUUGAACAGUUGGAUCUUAGCACUGUGCUUCCUUGUUGCAGUGGUCCCAAAAGACCUCAGGACAGAAUCCCUGUAUCUGACAUGAAAAGCGACUUUGAAACCUGCCUGGGACAAAAGCAAGGAUUCAAAGGUUUCCAGGUGGCCCCCGAGCGCCACAACACCACCGUCCCCUUCCAGUUCAGUGGAAAUGAAUACACGCUAAGCCACGGCUCAGUGGUCAUCGCCGCCAUCACCAGCUGCACCAACACCAGCAACCCGUCUGUCAUGCUCGGAGCAGGACUCCUUGCAAAGAAAGCAAUAGAGCUGGGUUUGGGUGUGAAGCCGUACAUAAAGACGAGCCUGUCGCCCGGCAGCGGCGUGGUCACCUACUACUUAAAAGAGAGCGGCGUUAUGGAGUACCUCUCCCAGCUGGGAUUUGAUGUUGUUGGCUACGGUUGCAUGACGUGCAUCGGGAACAGUGGGCCGCUCCCAGAGCCGGUGGUGGAAGCCAUAACCAAGGGGGACCUGGUUGCUGCUGGUAUCCUGUCAGGGAACAGGAACUUUGAAGGUCGGGUUCACCCCAACACCAGAGCCAACUACCUGGCUUCUCCACCACUGGUCAUUGCCUACGCGAUAGCCGGCACCGUGAGGAUAGACUUUGAGAACGAGCCCGUAGGCGUCAACUCAGAAGGUAGAGAGAUCUUCCUGAGGGACAUCUGGCCCACGCGAGAGGAGAUCCAGGCCGUCGAGACACAGUUCGUCAUUCCCUCAAUGUUCAAAGAGGUCUAUGAGAAGAUCGAGAAAGUGAACGAACGCUGGAACGCUCUGGUGGCUCCCUCUGAGAAGCUUUACACCUGGGACUCGGACUCAACCUACAUCAAGUCACCUCCGUUCUUUGAUGGUUUGACCAUGACGCUGCAGCCUCCCGCGUCCAUACACGACGCCUACGUGCUGCUGAAUCUGGGAGACUCGGUCACCACGGACCACAUUUCUCCUGCAGGGAACAUCGCCAGGAACAGCCCUGCAGCUCGAUACCUCACAAACAAAGGUUUGACCCCCCGGGACUACAACUCGUACGGCUCUCGACGAGGGAACGACGCCAUCAUGGCCAGAGGGACGUUCGCCAACAUCCGCCUCUUCAACAAGUUCCUCAACAAGCAGGCGCCGCAGACCAUCCACCUGCCGUCCGGUGAAACGCUGGACGUGUUCGAUGCUGCAGAGAGGUACCGGCAGGCCAAUGUCCCGCUGCUGGUUUUGGCGGGGAAGGAGUACGGCUCAGGGAGCUCCAGAGACUGGGCAGCGAAGGGUCCCUUUCUACUGGGUAUUAAAGCCGUUCUAGCAGAGAGUUACGAGCGGAUCCACCGGAGCAACCUGGUCGGGAUGGGGGUGAUUCCUCUGGAGUAUCUGCCGGGCGACACCGCCGACAGUCUGGGGCUGACGGGCCGAGAGCGCUACACCGUCAUCAUCCCCGAGCAGCUCACGCCCAGGAUGACGGUCGACAUCACGCUCGACACGGGGAAGACGUUCCAAGUGCGUAUGAGAUUCGACACGGACGUGGAGCUGGCGUACUUCCACCACGGAGGAAUCCUCAACUACAUGAUCCGCAAGAUGUCUGAAAACUAAUUAAUUUACCUGUAGAGAUUUCGUGUAGCGGCUGACUGGACAGCAGCCUCUCUAAUAAUCCGGUAAUUUCCCAUUUAUUUUUGUAUGUAUCUCAAAAGCCAUUGACAGCCACUACAUUUAUAACAAUAUUCUCAUUGUUGAGAAUGCUGCUACUAGUCCUGUUUUAAAUCAACUGUACACACAAUAGUGACAUUGUGUAAUUGUAGAUGAGAGGUAAAACAUUUUUGGUUCACCUUAGCCAGAGGUCCUCCAGUAUUUCAUCCUCACAACAGUAGCUAAGUCCUAACUCAAGCAUUCAGAGAUGGCAAUACUUUCCUUUUAAGAUUUGUGUCUGCACUAAUACAGUUUCCUGGGACUUACGUUGGCAAAUGAGGGCACAGGUGACGAUGCAUUCCAGCUGUUGUUAACGUACUGGUCUACAGAUGUCAGUAUUGCACCAUAUAAAGCCGCAGAAGAAGAAGAAGAAGAAGCUGGUUAACGUAGAUAAAAUAGGGCUGGUUUCUCUAUAUAAAUAUGGACAAUGCAUCUCUCCUUCCUUGUAUGUGAAGCCAAAUCAUGUACAGCUCCCCCCGGUGGUUAGAGACUGCAGUGUAGCUCAUAUAAGUUCCACCUCUUCCAUGUUAGUCGAUGGGAGAUGGGCUAAAAAUGAAAACACUAAAAUACACGGCAAAUAAUUUUGUUACAAGAAUGGUUCCUGUUAUCUCAGUUUUGAUGUAUGUUCACGUUGUGUAUUUUCUGGAUAUAUAUUAAGCUUUAGAUAUUUGACACUAUAGAAACAGCAAGUGACAUAAUGACGACCACCAGUUGCCAUGUUGUAAAAAAAAGGAAUAAACAUUCCACAUAAGUUCAGUGUAUAAUUUGACAUUUCCGUAUAACUGUGGUGCAUAACUGUUUAAUUUUAGGACCAAGUCCUAACACGGAGGGGGUGGAGCUUAUGACCUAUGCUGCAGCCUCCAACCGCCAGGGGGAGCUCUACUUGCUUUGGCUUCAUUUUUGAGAGACAAUUACGCCUCCAUAUUUACAUUUUGUCUAUUAUGAACAAUUAAAAUAAGUUCAGUGUGCAACAUUUCCUUAUAUCUGGGGGAGGUAGAGCAGAGUGUAGUAGGAAGUGUGGGCGGGGCGUCGAUAAUGUAACUCCGCCCUCACACCGUACUGAUGAGACUCUGGCUCCAAACUCGCAACAUGGCGUCGCCCGUAUCUCCGGGAAAAUGGCGCCGGUUUUACCAAUGUGAGGAACUGGGAAACAUGUAGUCCAUAUUUAUAUACAGUCUAUGGUCUUCACUCUUAAAGGAGCUGUUCCUCCGUCCAUCUUUAUACUGUCUUUGUUUCAAACCUUUGAGAAACUGGCAAUGCAUAACACAGUCGUCAGAUUAUUCACAGUAGCCGUCAUAGUCGUCAGACACAGCUGCAGAUACAGAAACAUGAGCCCCACGUUGAGGUAAAACAGUGAUUCUAUGGAAACUAUGUUGAGAUUGAUAAUUAAUUCGUGUUGACAGCAGCUCGUGUCCACGUCAGCAUCUAAGGACGGAGCAGAGGGUGUUGAAGGGUGAACUGCAUCAUGUUAAGUCUGACUGUGAGGUCGUUUUCCUCAGGAUUGUGUUGAAGGAAAUGGUUAUUUUGGUGUUGAAGCCAUAAAUCAGUGUGAAACGUGGAGACUGGAAUAAAACAGUUAGCAUUUUUCAGUACACCUGAUUUCUGCCAUAUUUUUUUUUUGUUUGUUUGUUUUUUAAUUUAUGCUCGUCUGAAUAUUUAAUUCAAAGCGAUGCCUGUUUGUUCUCGUGACAUUCCCGCGCCUCCUCGUCGAACCUGCCUCUCGUCCACGUCGUGCUUCAUUGACUGCCUUAAUUUUGUCUUUGCUCGGAGACGGUGAUCAUGGUGAUUAUAGAGAUUGAUUAACUGAACCGUGUUUUUGUCGAACUCGUCCAUUAACAGAAUAAAAGGUGAUUUUUGGAACCGUU